AGGUGUUGAACAAUAGCAUGUCAUGAAGACCUCAGAUUCUCUUCAAGACAUUGGUAUGCAAUUUGCAGACACAAUCACAAGGAUAAAGCAAUGCCAGCCGAUGUGGGUAGAUCUCCACAAGAAGAGUGUGGUCCUACAUGAUCGACUGAAGAUGACCUGUUCCAGCUACAGCGACUACUUGGACUGUUUUCAGCGAGUCAUUGAUGUGUCCCAACAGCAGGAUGGUGGUGCUAAAGAUCUUGCCCCUACACUCACAAAGAUGUAUGUGAAGCAGCGCAAUAUGGAGACAAAGAUACAAAACCUCUGCAAGCUAUUCAAUGACGGGUAUAACAUGCCGAUGAAAGACAAGCUGAAAGAGUGGAAGGAGACGCUAGACUAUCUGGACUCUAAACAUUACAAGGAGUCCAAACGUAGAGUGGAGGAAGUUAAAAAGUCAGUUUCCGAGACGGAGAGGCUGAAAAAGAAGGUCGUCAAGAAAGGUUUGUUAAACCUGUGUUCAGUUGAUCGUAACGUCUUGUCUAAACACAUCAAUCAACCCUGCAUUUUGGGGACGGAUAGUUGGGAAAGAUCGUUUAAAAGCAAGACGAAGAAGCAGGGUCAGUUAUGUGACGCAGAGCGUAGUAAGGAGACACUCCUCUAUUCGCUACAACAGUUCGAGCAACAUGCACUGCGCGGCGCACUUAUCCAAGAGCGCUCUCAUUUCUGCAAUUUUGUAAACAUGAUGAGUCUAGCAUGGGAGACGGAGUGUGAGCUCAUGGAUGAAGGGACACAUUUACGGGACGUGCUCUCACUAGCAAUACAAAGUGCAUCACUUCCAACCCAACUACCGGCUGAUGCAGAAAGUUCAAUUCAUAAGAUCAGACUUAUCAGUGCUGACACAGCUUUCGAGGGCCAAGAUACGCAAGGAGUACAGAUAAACGGAGUGGUGUCCCCUAGAAGUAGCUUUAUCUCAACCAACAGCAGCUCCACUAGCGGUGUCAGCUCUGGCGGCAGCUUUGGAACUCUUCCCAAUACCCCAAAAGAGACUGAAUCCAGCAAGUACAACAACAACAACAAGUUUAGUAGUUUUGACAACUUAGCCCGGAGUUACCCCGGCUCCGACCAAAUAAGCUCUGGGUACGGCAGCAGCCCGAGUGUGGUGUGCCCCAGGGCGGAGAGUGUGGUGAGUCCUGGUACGCGGGGUGUGGUGGCUGAUAUAACUAGAUUCGUGGAGCAGAGUCAAGCUGCUGAUAGUGCUCCCAGACUUAAUGGAGAUUUAGGUCACAGAAAGAGAGGUAGUGGAGAAUACUCCUCCCUCUCCCCCGUCCCUACUCCUCGACACAACUCCGUCCACACAAUCCCCUCACAGCACUUACCCUCUACACAACACGUGGUACAAUACGGAGCCUCCUCCCUUCCUGUGACGUCAUCACAGUAUCUGACGUCAUCAGAUGUUUCGGUAGCUGACUCCAUGGAGACUUAUGAGAAUUUAGGGGAGAUGAUUGAGCAGGAUAAGGGUCCAGCUGAGCCCAUGAAAAAGCCUAAUCCUUACUUCGGUAUUCCAGCACCUCCUCCCCCGGAUCCGGAGGAGGAUCCCUCACACGAGCCGCUCUACGAGAAUAUCCACGAGCAGGAGAGUUUGUACGAUGUGCCUCCACCACCUGUGCGCGCCACUCCCACCCCUCCUACCCCACGUGCAGGUCCUACUACUCCUACUCCUCCCGAGCACCCUUCACUUCCUCCUACCAGAUCGAGCAGUCUUAGUUGUAGACGUGGCAGUGAUUUGAAAGGUAACACGGUGACAGCGUAUCUGGAGAGAAGACGCAGUGUAAUGUCCCAGAACCGGGGUUCCACAACAGAUCUGAGAGGAAGCCAGGAAAUACACUCUUCUCGUCACAGCAGUAUGUCUAACGGAUCCCACUACGGUACGCCUCGUCCGACCAGCGUGUGCAGUAACCAUAGCAACACUGAUAACAACUAUAACGGGAAUUAUCACAAUAGUAAUGGAGCUGUCAAUUACCCUGCCCAACAGUUCGCACAGCCUAAAUCUAACGGAUAUGCGUCAAGAUCCGAUAUCCAAGGCACGAAUGGGACACAGCGUAUCCAUGGCUACGCGGUACAAGACAAUCGCAUCGCGGCAGACCCUAAUGCACCGCACUAUGCGGUUCAGCAACAUCGAUCAAGUAGUCGACUGUCUCUGAAAUCUCAACCCCCGCACUACGCUACAAUGACAGCUCGUCCGAACAAAAGGACAUAUUCCCUAACAUCGCUCAACUACGGCAGCUCCAACUCUUUACAUCGCAGCAACACCUCGCUGGAACGUAACGCCGCCCCACCACAAUCUCUAUCCGCCGUUGAUCCCACUAUGCCUCCUCCUCCGCCUCCUCCGCCAAAAGUCGGACAAGAGAUCUCCAACCUGUGUAACCAGAUAACAAGAGGUGGUACUUUGAGACCCAGUCAGUUGAGAGUGGGUGGCAUGAAACCAGGCGAUACCAGCACGAUAAAACGAAAAGAUGUGAAGAAGGGGGAAAUUAUGUCGUACAGCAACGAGAUGCAGCAUCUAAACCUCAAUAAGUAGCCUCGCAGUAUGCAGAUACUUCUAGAAUCUUCUCAACACACAGUCCUGAUCUCUUCUCUUGAAAUGUGGCUGUUAUUAUUUUAUAAUACUCUGACGAGGGUAAAUAGAAUCGUAGUUAUGCAGGAGGGACUCCGCGUCCCCCUCCACCUCCACCGAACUAAUUCCAGAUAAUGGUGAUAUUGAUACCGGAGGUGAAGCGAAAUAUAUUUCAUAAGACAAUUCGGUUGAUAAUUUUGUUUAUAAUUGACGUUGGACUGGACAUAAAUAUUUUACGUUUUUUAAGUUGUAUUGAAAACUGGACUUAUUGUUUUGUAUUAGAUGAAUGUACUGUUAGUGCAGAAGUUCAUUGUUCGCCCGUUACUGAUCAGGAAAAUAAUAUCAGCUAUACUUGUUUAUAAUAAUGUUCAUCUAUAUUUAUUUCUCAAACAGGUUAUUUUACAGUUAAGUUUUUGUUACCUCGGACCUCAUAAAAGCCUGAGACCAGUUAAAUGUAUUUUGUUGAUUUGUUUUGGGAUUUCAAGUAUUUAAAUGCCGUUAGCCCUGUUCAGAAAACACAGUACGGCUAUAGUUUUGUCAGAAGAAGGCCCCUGACUUGCCCUUGAGUUUUUAAAGUUGUGCCACUUUUUUGUUGUUUUGACACGUCAGGCGUCAGCUUCCCACGCAUUUGAUUGGUUAAUCUCUGUCACGUGUCAAAACAGCAAACAGAGUAGCUCAGCUUCCAAAAAGCACUGGCAAAUCAAUGGCCAGCUUCAACUGAUGCCAUAAAUUACAACAUUUUAUGUGAAUUGAGUUCUUCAUACGCCGUGCAAGAAAACUUUAAAUUCAAUUUGACGCGCGUAAAAUCGCAACAUUAUCCAAAAGUAUGUUGCCUAUCUCUAAAAUUAGGUACCAGGUACGGAACUGUCAAAAGUAUCCAAAUUUAACCUUUUGAAGCUUAAAUUCCAGACGUUAUGCUGUUUUAUGUAAUUUGAAUAACAUAAUAUUUAGUUCCAGAAUUUUAGGUUUUGUACCACUAAAAUGAGAUUCUUUUCAAGAUGUACAAUCAUCAGCACAAAUACGAUUACAAUUGUUACAGUUACAAACACCGAUAUGAUUGUGAGAUGUUGUAUUUUGAUACUUUAUAUAUUAUGAAAUUGUUAUUUUACCGUAAUUA